GACACAGCCAUCAUCACCUUUCCUGCCCACCGCCAGCCCACAGCUGUUACUUGCUGCGUAUUUAUGCUAACCGAAAACGAGUUCUACCACUCAGUAUUCAGCGAAUCGCCAAAUUGUAACCAGCACGCCAAAAAAUUAAGCGGCACGCGCGCGUGAAUUCUGUGACGCGUCACCCCGCAGUCGGUACGUUGUAUUUCAAAACCAUAAUGUACUCCACUAGUCCGCUGGUCCUGGUCUCCUGUGCGCUCUGCUAUCUACUGACCGCCCACUUAUUGGCUGACUGCGAGGCGGCGCGUAUUCUCGGCUUCUUUGCUUCGCCCUCGCAAUCGCACAUCAUAGUGCACUGCGCGGUAGCUGAUGCGCUGGCGCUUGCCGGCCAUGACGUCACAGUCAUUGCUUCCAGUCCGAAUUUACGCAAGCACGCCAAGUACAAAUACAUCGAAUUGGAGUCAAUGGGCGCACAUCCGCUCAUGUCUACGGAUAUGGUAAACAAACGUCAGCCGUUUUGGCGACGCUUUGGCUCGCUGCUGAGUACGAUUAACCGAAGUGCCAAUGAAACGCUGCAUUAUCCGCGCAUGCAACGAUUUCUGCAGCAGCAUCAAGCUGGCGCAUUCGAUUUGCUGCUCUUCGGCUAUUUCAUGAACGAUUUCCAGCUGGGACUGGCAGCCCAUUUUCGCUGCUCCAUCGCGCUCUCCUUCAUGAUUCAGCCGAUCUAUGCGGUCAAUAGAUAUGUGGGGAAUCCCAGCGAGGCGGCGUAUGUGCCGGGCAUCUUUGGCUAUUUGGUGCAACCAAUGAAAUUUCGUGAGCGUGUGAAAAAUUUAAUUGUGGCUGUGAUCGAGGAGAAAGUCGUGCAACCGAUGCUGGAGUAUCACACCAGGAAGUACUACAACUACAAUUUCCCGCCCGAUCGUUAUCCACCACUCGAUGAGGUGCGCAAGAACGUAUCGCUCGUCUUUGUCAACCACCACUUCAGCCAAGGUCCCAUACGCCCAAAUGUGCCAAAUUUAAUCGAAAUUGGCGGCAUACAAAUUAAGGAGAAACCCGAUCCACUCCCCGCUGACAUCGCCAAAGUGCUCGACGAGUCAAAAGAUGGUGUCAUCUACUUCAGUUUAGGCACCAACAUACAGGGUUCUCACUUAACUGAGGAGAAGACCAAGAUAAUGUUCAAAGUUAUCUCAAAGUUGCCCUACAAAGUACUCUGGAAGUGGGGCGAAUCAGUUCGACCUGGCCAAUCGAAGAACAUCAUCUACAAGGAGUGGCUGCCACAGGAUGAUAUACUUGCACAUCCCAACGUCAAGCUGUUCAUCACACACGGUGGCAUGGGCAGCGUCGUGGAGGCGCAAUAUCAUGGUGUACCCAUUGUGGGCAUACCCCUGUUCGGCGAUCAGCCAUCGAAUAUGGCCAACGUUGAACGUUCGGGUUUCGGGCUCUCUGUGGACUAUACCACGCUGUCGGAGGAGAGUCUCAACAACGCCAUACAAGAGGUGCUCAACAACCCCAAGUACACGAAAGCGGUGCGCGACUUUUCACGCCUCUACCGCGAUCGCCCGAUGACACCGCGGCAGACGGUCGUCUACUGGGUGGAGUAUGUACUGCGGCAUCAUGGUGCCAAGCAUAUGCAAUCGCCGGCGGUGCACCUGAAUCGUUGGCAACUAAUGUCGCUCGAUGUGAUUGCCUUUUUACUGGUGAUCGUGGGCAGCGUUGUGGCAGUGUUUGUAAAGAUUUGCAGGCUGCUGUGUUGUAGGGGAAAAAAAUGUGAAACAAUCAAGGGAACUCCGGCGGCAAAGGUGAAGAAAACGCAGUAAAUGUAUGAGUGAAAUGGAAAGAAAGAGCCAAGAAAAGGUUGAAAGUGAAAAACGAAUGAUGGGAAGAAACAAAACGAUUGCUUGAAUGUGCAUUUGCUGAGAUUUUUAUAGUCAUCCGAGUUUGUGAAAAAUAUGAAUGCCAAACAAUCAACUUCGAUUGAAGUCGCCGAAGACGGCUGAAUGUGUGUACAAUAAGCAGCGACCUAAUACAAAUUUAUUUUAAAUGUAAUAUUAAGUAAUUCUAUAAUAUUGUAAAUUUUUUAAACUAAAUAAAUAUGUACUUACAUAAAGAAAACAUUACUAGAGUAAGCAAAAAAGCAUAUUUACAUCUUAAAAAUACCAAAUGGAAAUCUCAAAAAUUAUGUGGGGCAUA